CCGAACACAUUAUCCGCAAUGGUCCCCCAAAUCGGUCGAUUUGGAGUCGGUAUGAAGUCGGUUUAACGGUGUGACUGAGGCGGAAAGCGAAAGCCGAUUUCUCCUUUAUAGUUUAGGUGUGGAAGACAUAAUUUUUAAAGUUCUGAGCGGAUAAGAAACGGUGCGAAAUCAACAACAGAAAGGCAACAAUAAUUAACUGGACCAUCUUGCAGUGGACUGAACUAUUUCGAACUGAACUUCUUUUGUAAAAACGCUCUCGUUGGAGGUGCACAUAAUAAUUUUAUGUAUAUAUCGGAGACGUGAUGAAUUUAUCACCGAAAGAGGCAAGAUGGAAGUUUAUCCGGGCCGUCCGGAUGAUCAUCAUGCAAAAUGCAAUGAACAAGUCCACGGCUGAGUUGGAGGAAGAAGACCAGACUCUUUCUUUUAUUUCCCACACGGAUGGAUCAGGUCAGGCGGAAGAACUCACCUUCGACAAGAAGUACUUCCGGGCUAAACGAGAGACUAGAAUCACACAAGAAGUAAAGAACGUUUUGAGUUUAGAGGCAGAGGAGAGAACAUUUGACCAGCUUAAAGUCGCUCUUAGGGGACUUCAAUCAAUAUCAUCUUUUGCUGAAUAUCCUCUGCAUAUUCAAGAGAAGUUAGUCAGAGUCGCUUAUUUUUACAGUAUUCCAGAAAGGAAGGUCAUCAUUCGUCAAGGUCAUAUAGCAGAGAAUUUCUACUUCCUUGUAACGGGCGAAGUAUCGGUUGUGCAAACCGAAGCCGACCCGAUCACCAGCGAUGCCAUUUCGACAGAGAUCGGAAGAUUUCGGAAAGGUGAUUGUUUCGGUGAGUUGGAACUGUUGCACGGUGAUGCUCGUCCUUGCACGAUCACUGCAGAAGUGCCUUGCCAAAUCAUUGCCAUCGAAAAAGAGGAUUUCAUGGAUAUGUUUAUGGGAGAAGGAGAAGGAGGAAGAGAGAUCGAGCAUCUUAAGUUUCUAAGAACUUUACCUUUCCUGAAAGGCUGGCCUGUUCAGAAGCUAAAUGAACACCCUCAAAUGUGUCUCAUUCAUUUCUUCAAGCGCAGCUCUGUGAUAGUGAAGAACAGUAAUCGAUCUGAAUGGCUCUAUAUUAUAAAAUCGGGUUCUUGCCAAGUAAUCAAGCAAUUGAAGGAUACCCAAUCACUGCCAGUAGCCAGACGGCUCAGCCCGUGCAACACUACUCUGUCGGCCGAGAAGCCAGCUUUUAGCCCAAGAGAUGGGUUACAUAUAGGUUCAAAGGUUGAUAGUCGUCGAUGGAAUUCAUCUCUGACGUCAGAGACAUCGUCCAUCUCGCUCUCUGAUACCGCAUCAUCGCCGAGACAAAGAAAGAAAACCAGUCCUAGAGAAGAGGUCAGUAUUGACUAG